UAGCUUUAUCGGUGUUGCGUAAAAUUAAAACAAAUUGACCCAGCCAAAAUCGGUUCCCGGCACCGGUGACAAAAUUAUGAGUUCUUUACGACGCGAGGCUCUCCGGUGGUACAAAAUUUUGCAGCGCACCAAGAAUGAUGUGUUUUCCGGCGACUUUCGCACUAUUUCCGCCGCCAGGCAACGUAUCCGGGAAGAGUUUAUGAAAAACAAGGACAUCACCGAUGAAAAACAAAUCAAAGAGAAGAUUCAAAUUGCUAAGGAUGUGGAUGUUGAGUUGCGCAGAUCUGUAGUGCAAGCUGUAAAGAAAAACCCAACCGUAUUCGAGGCAAGAAUCACACCUGACACGAGAAAAAUGGACAAUGUAAUGUUCGAUCCGAACGCCGAACUUCCUCCGCCUCGGAGCAAGAAGUGUAGUGAUAAAAAGUAAACAUAUGUCUUCCACCUCUCGGCGCUGCUGUUGCUUUUUGGGAGUAAACACGUGUCUCUAAUCGAAAUUGUUAUCGGAAUCAUCACUUAACAUGGCAUUUCCGAAUAGGUACCUUAUCCCAGUUUUUAGAAUCAAUGUGCAGUACAUAGAAUACAAUAAGGCAUUAGUUAAUUGUUGUUAUUUUAUUUUCAUACUCCCAAAGACUCAUUCAAUAUUAUCCAUAUCAUGAAUAGUACUUAUUAUAUUAAUUGAAGUUUAAAGGAAUCAGUUUGUAGUGAUGAAAUACGUAGUACUGGAUAGGUGUAUGAAAUUUUAAAAAGAAUAAUAUUAGCUUUCCUUAUCUUAUUUAAGAAAUGAUUUGAAUAAAAGCUUUUAUGUAAGCGUUUUGUUUCUACAUGCAA